AUGGUCGACGUCAAGUAUAUGGGAGAAUAUGACUACAUACCAUCAGUACCAGCUGCCGUGACAUUCAUUGUCCUAUUCGGAAUAUCAACCCCCCUGCAUUGUUGGCAAAUGUUCCGUGGUCGGGCUUGGUUCUUCAUUGCUUUUAUAUUGGGAGGAAUAUGUGAGUACCAAAUCGAAGUACCAAAUUGCUGUUGGGGCCUUUCUUCGGGCGAUUUUCCGGUUGAGGUUGUUGGAUAUGUAACUCGUGUCAUUUCUUCCAACGAAUACCCGAACUAUACCAUUCCUCCUCUUGCCAUACAAGCCAUUUUUAUCCUCGUCGCGCCAUCACUGCUCGCUGCAAGUAUUUAUAUGGAACUUGGUCGCAUCAUGAUUGUCACCGGCGGAGAGCACUUGUCACCAAUCCGACGCUCGUGGCUGACAAAGAUCUUUGUGGUGGGCGAUGUGAUAUCCUUUUUUGUCCAGGCAGGAGGAGCCGGGAUGCUCGUCAAAGCCAGCACAGCAGCAAAGGGCGGAAAUGUGAUUAAAGUUGGCUUGAUCAUCCAAAUUAUCUUUUUCGGACUCUUCAUAAUCACCAGCAUAAUUUUCCAUGUCAAGCUUGUGAAAAACGGGUCAAGGGUGCUACAACGGCACGACGUCCCCUGGAAGAAACACCAGACCGUGUUAUACAUCGGUAGUCUGCUCAUUUUCGUCCGUUCCAUCUUCCGGUACAUCGAGUAUAACCAGGGAAGUAGCGGGCCAUUGCUCCAACAAGAAUUCUGGAGUUACAUUUUCGAUGCCGCUCUUAUGCUGCUGGUAAUGGUCGCGUUUAACGUGGUGCAUCCUGCGGAGAUUAGCAGGUUGAUGGAAAAGAGAAAAGGCGAAUAUGGGAUGGAACUGAUUGGAUGA